AAAUAAUAUUUAAUUCCACAAUGUACAAUUCAAGAAUUGAAGCAAUUUCACGUCACUUAAAUACUGAUAAUGAAGUUUUAGAAUCAAACCCAACUUCAGCACCAGUUUCAAGAAAAUCACCAGAUGAUGUUGUUAUUGUUGCACCAUUCCGUACUGCUAUUGGUAAAGCCAAGAGAGGUUCAUUCAAAGAAACUGCACCAGAUGAAUUAUUAGCACCAGUUAUUAAACACAUCUUAAAAGUUACAAAUAUUGAUCCAAAAUUAAUUGGUGAUGUUGUUAUGGGUGCUGUUUUACCAAGAUCAUCACAAGGUGCUACUGAAGUUAGAGUUGCAACUUUAUUAGCUGGUUUACCAAAAGAAGUUCCAUGUUAUACCGUUAAUAGACAAUGUUCAUCAGGUCUUCAAGCAAUUGCCAAUUGUGCAUCUGCCGUUAAAAUGGGUCUUUAUGAAGUUGGUUUAGCCGGUGGUGUUGAAUCAAUGAGUUUAAAUCCAAUGGCUUGGGAUGGUGGUUUCAAUGAAACUGCUUCAAACGAUCCAAUUAUGAGUGGUUGUUAUAUGACCAUGGGUCAAACAUCAGAAAAUGUUGCAGAAAGAUUUGGUGUCACUAGAAAAGAACAAGAUGAAUUCUCAGUUCAAUCACAUAAAAAAGCUGGUGCUGCUCAACGUGCUGGUAAAUUCAAGGAUGAAAUCGUCCCAGUUACCAUUAAAACUGAAGAUGGCAAAGAAGUCGUUGUCGAUAAAGAUGAAGGUAUCCGUGAACAAACCACUUUAGCUGAUUUAGCAAAAUUAAAACCAGCCUUCAAAUCUGAUGGUACCACCACCGCUGGUAACUCAUCACAAAUGAGUGAUGGUGCUGCUGCUUGUCUUGUUAUGAAGAGAAGCACCGCCGAAAGAUUAGGUCUUCAAAUUGCUUUAGUUUUCAGAUCAUUCGCCGCUGUUGGUGUUGAACCAUCAGUUAUGGGUAUUGGUCCAGCUGCUGCCAUCCCAGUUGCUGUUAAACAAGCUGGUCUUUCAAUCAACGAUAUUGAUGUUUUCGAAAUUAACGAAGCUUUUGCCUCACAAGCUUAUUACAGUUGCAAAAAAUUAGGUUUAGAUAUGAGUAAAGUUAAUCCAAAUGGUUCAGGUAUUUCACUUGGUCAUCCAUUAGGUGCUACUGGUGCUCGUUUAACUGCUACAAUUUCAAAUGAAAUGAAACGUCGUGGUGCUAGAUUUGGUGUUGUCAGUAUGUGUAUUGGUACUGGUAUGGGUGCCGCUUGCGUUUACGAACGUGAAAAUUAAAUAGGUAGAAGUAUUUAUACGAAUAUGGAAAUAUAUAUAUUAUUACCUCAAUUUUUUUAAAAACAAAACAAAAAAAAAAGAAAAAAAAAGAAAAUUUUAAAUAACAAUAUAUAUAAAAUAGUAGAUGUAUAUAAAAAAAAAAAAAAAUUAAAAAUAAAACCUUUUAUUUGUAACAAU